UAAAACCUUUCGAUCGAUCCAUGCCCUUGAACAAAAUAAAAGUGAAUAAAUAAUCUCGACAGAUACUCUACAACUAUAUGAUUCAGUCGCAACUUCACCACUACACAGAAACGAACCUUUAGUCCUCUCUCUCUCUCUCUCUCUCUCUCUCUCUCUCUCUCUCUCUCUCUCUCUCUCUGUACCUCUCCCUCCCUCCCUCUCUAGCCCAUGGCAGAGGAUAUGGAUUCUGAUACAUGCGUCGGCUUCAAACGAACAAUCAAAGAGAUCCAAGAAACCCAAACUCUCACACAACGCUCUAACUGUCCAUCUGCUGCAAUUCCAGAACAAGAUAGCCACUCGUCUGAGAUCGUUUCUCCGCUGAAACAAGACUCAGAUUUCACCGACAAGAGUCCUCCUUGUUCGGUCUCCGAUUCCUCUAAGAAGGUCAAGCUUUCAUCUCACGGCCAAGUCUCUGAAACCCAUCUUGAAGAAAUUCAAGAAAUGCCCAAUUAUGUGAGUGGAAAGGCCGAAGCAUGCGGUUUAAUUUCUGGCUUAACUGUAUCUGAUGGAGUUGCUCAAGAUUUUAUGGAAAUUUGUGAAAUGGGUCUUGUUUCUGAUAGCGAAUUUGUGAAAACUGAGACUGAACAGACCCCGGAUGAUGAGAAAGAAAGGGUUGUUUCGGAUUUGGUUGACAAGAAAGGUGAAGGUUCUGUGAUAAGUGAAGUGGGUUUUGCUGAUAUCGAAAAGUUAAUGCAAGAGACGAAGUCUGUUACUGAAUUGGACUGCAAGGAAGGUGUGGAUGCUUCUCUGUCUACUUCUGUUGAAAACAAAGUGGUUUUUGUUGGAAAAGAAGCGGAAUCUCAGAGUUCCUUGGAACUGAAAAAGAAGCAAUUACUGGAGGAAGUUGAAGCCAUUCUUGUGCCUGCAGAAAAGACCCUUGUGCAAAGUGGUACUGAUGGGUCUCUCAGUUCUUUCAAGAUUGAAGUAAUUGAUGAUACUGCAAUGAUAUCAUUGCUUGGCAAUGGCUGUGGAAAGGAGUUGGGUUUUCUGGGUCCUGCCAAAUGUGUUGCACAGGGGAAUGGAAACAAGAAUGCAAAAAAAGAAAUGAAUGGGAAAAAAAAGGCAAGAACCUCAGGAAGAAAGGAAAAAGUGGCUAAUCAUCUGGUUGAAGCUCAUAGCGUGAGUUUAAAGAAAGGGAAAGGAACCAAGAUCUUUUACUCGAGGAUGGAGUUGGAGGCCAUGAGGUAUGUGAACGUGGUUGAACAAAAGAAACUGUGGAAAGAUAUAUACCGUGGACUUGGGCCAGUCGUGGCCAAGGAGUAUGAAAAUCUGGCAAGUGUUAAGCAUCAGAAGAACAUCCACAAUAACUUUGAACCUCACAAACGCUUUGAGAAGAUGGAAGUGCCACCUGGUAUUCUUGGGGAAGCAUUUUCAGAAAAUGUGGAUAUUGAAUUAGAGAACUUGGUGAAUAAUCAAACCCAAGAUGCAAGUCCCCUGGACCCUUUUUGCAGUUACAGUGCCACUGAUGAACGUGGCUACCCAUUUCCAGAAAAAGAGUGUAGUGAAGACGAUGACAGUGAUGAAGAUUAUGCCAGCAUUCAGAGACCUGCCUUUGUGGUUGAAGGAGAACCCAACUUUGAUUCUGGUUCACCAGAAGAUGGACUUGAAUAUCUUAGGCGUGUCAGGUAUAAUUAUUUGGUCUUGUCUAUACCAUCCCCUUCCCCUCAGUAUCUGAUUGAUAAUGCUAACUGCCUGCAGUAUGUAGGCUAUAACAUGGUGGCCUUCUUCAUGGUAUAUAGGCCAUGGGUUAAAUGUUGGUUCUCGAGGGUGAUUGGUUGCGUGGGAUGACUAGUUGUUAUAACCAUGACUAUUGUCGGAACAUAUUUCUUAAUUACUGAAGUAGAUCCUACAUUAUUGUGACA